AAAAUUCUUACUUCAAACUUCGGCUAUCUCUCCGUCCGCGCAAGCCAACGCCACACCCUCCACCGACCACGACGUUCCGGCUUCAGGUAUUUGGUGUGUGAUUCCCUGGGGAUAAUUAUUAAGAGUUGGGUUUGGUUGAUAUGGCAUCUAAGCGCAAUGUUUGUUAUGAAAAACUUGCUACCGAUGAUUAUGAUGAUGUUUAUGAUGGUGAUAGGAGGCAGCGUUAUGAUCCUAGAUUUGAUUAUUCACCGAAAGCCUUUGAUAGGAUCCCAUGGAAGUCAAUUGCACUCGCAUUUUUCUUGCUUUGUCUAGGAUCACUGCUUCUUUUUCUUUCUGUGUUUAUUUUCACUGGUCACAUGGGGGGAGAGAAGGCCCAAGCUUAUGGCCUUUUAGUCCUUGGAAUUCUUACAUUCCUUCCAGGCUUUUAUGAGACCCGGAUAGCAUAUUAUUCAUGGAGGGGCAUUCAAGGAUAUCGCUUCUCCGCCAUCCCUGAUUACUGAAGCACACGCCUUC